GUGUACCGAGCAUUGAGAGCCGAGGCGCGAGUCAGGCGCUGUGACAUCACCAAUGGUGCGAAAUUUGGGUGCUGUGCCUGCAGCUCGUUUCCCUUGAGCACACGACCAACUCUCAGCAUAUUCCAAGCUUCUAUUGCGAUCAAGGAACCCCAUCCAAAGUAGAUCAAUCCAACAAUACACACAACAAUCAAAAUGCCUCGCUCAAUGGCACCGCGUCCGUCUGGGGAGUUCAACGUCCGCUUGACGAAGCCCUUCUCUGGUAAACCAACGCACGUGAUCGACAUCAUUGGCGAGCCAAAUCGCUCGGCCACCAUCCGCGAUACGAAAUACGACGGCAGCAACAGCUCGUCUGAGAAGACCGGCGACGCCGACAAGGAAGACGUCGAGGAACUCAUGUCACUCAUUACCACGCUUCGCGGUUUCCCAUCACAUCCUUCGAAGGAUGUGUACGGAUUUGAUGUGAAGCUAGAGUUCAGCACCUUCGAGAUUCAAUGGUGUAAUGAGGACGAUGACCCGACUGCCGGCGACGUGAGCGAAAUCGCAGGCGAGCAGAAGGACGACUUCAAGCGGGUGGCCGACAGUAUUGAGGCGCUGGCACGGCAGCAAGCGAAGAGGGAUGCUGCGGUGUAAGACUCAAAGUAGAUUGCCCACUCAAGGGCAGUCUUGCGGCACCGGAAUAUGGACGCCUUAGUAGAGCAAGAUAGCCUCGCAACAUGCGUUUCAUACAACUGCUUUCUCGAGACAUCAUUUCUGGC